CGCUGCCCUCCCCGACUGCAUGUUGUACAGCACCGGGGAUGGAUUGAAGGAAGGCAUGGAUCCCAUAGAAGAGAAAACGAGCAAAUCGGUCGACAUAUACCGUGACACAUGGGUUCGCUUCCUAGGCUAUGCCAAUGAGGUCGGGGAGGCUUUCCGUGCUCUGGUACCAGUGAGCUUUGUUUGGGGCAGCUAUGCUGUGGCCUCCGUGUACGUUACUGCUGAUGCUGUGGACAAAGGGAAGAAAGCCGCUGUGGCCCACGGCGACAACCCAGGGAAGACAACGCGGGUAGCGGUGGCAGUGGUGGACACGUUUGUGUGGCAGGCCCUCGCCUCGGUUAUCAUACCGGGCUUCACCAUUAACCGAGUGUGUGCCGCGUCACUGCACCUGCUGGGCAAAACGACAAAGUGGCCCCUGGCCGUCCGCAAGUGGACCACGACAGCUAUUGGCCUCUCGACGAUCCCCUUCAUCAUUUCUCCGAUAGACAGGUCGGUGGAUUUCCUGCUGGAUUCGAGCCUUCGGAAGAUCUACCAUGAGGAAGAGAAGCACAAAUAAGGACGGGGGUCCCGUCCUGGUGAUGGACACCACUCCAGUUGACAAGAAUCUGCUCUUCUUGUCCACCAGUGUGAAGCACUAAAGAAUGGUGGGGAGGAAUUUCAUGAAGCAAGACUCCACAGUUGGUCACACAUACAUAAUGCAAUUGAUUUUACUACAAAGUUAUAUCAUUUAUAUAAGUAAGUUGAAAUGGGAUUCCUGCUUCAUGAAAUAUCUCCUUGGACCUCUCAGGGCAAUCUAGACAGCGACACCCCAAAAAAUAUAUGCUGAGACAGGACUUUUACAGAAUGAAAUAUGUUUAAAUAUUCACAGUGAAGUCCUCCUUCAAAUAUUCCUUGGCAGGGACACAGUGUGCUGUUAUAUUCCUGUGAUCCUCCUUUCAGAGAAAGCCUCCACGGUUGUCCUCGUGGUUUAGAGUUACAAACUCACCUUGUGUCCAGAUGUUGAGGAGAUUAAAGACAGAUCCACAUUUUUGUAUUAGCCAGAUUCAGUAGUACGAUAUCAGCAGGCCCCAAAAAAUGUCCCUCUUGUUCUUGCCUUCCUUAAAGAUGUUCUUCUUUGACCGAUUCUGGGUGCUUUUCUGAAAACAAAGGUAUCUUGUUACUUGAAUACAUGUUUCAAGUGUCUUAUGCACUUUACCUUGUUUCAUUUGACCUCACUGUUGGUGAUGGGAGCCAAUGUUUGCACUGGGAGAAUUUUUUUACAUCGCGGUUACAAUCCAUAUUAUUCUAAAUGCUAUAUGGUUAUCUUAAACUAAGAAUAUUUGUAGUUACACGACGUAGAACUUAUUUCUCACCAAUAUCUAAACUGUGGAUCAAUAAGUCUGUCGUCAGACUGUCUUGAUGUACAAUAUUAUAACUUCUUUCAUGUGGAAUCGUUAAGCAUCUGUUACUCCUUUUAAUUGGAUUUGAAACUUCAUAAAUACCUGUGGAGUUCAGCGCUUAUGCAGAAACGGGUUGAAGGGAUUCUUUGAGAAAUAUGCACAUUCUAUAAGCUUUUAUUUCCAAUGCUUUUCUUUGAGUCAUGUGCUGUAUCUCAUGCUGAUGCAAAGGAAACCUGGGAAGAUGUGUCCACAUGUGGACUUCACACAUGACAGGGAUUAUUCUCCUUUAAAAAAUAAGAUAUGUGGUUAACUGAUGUUGUGAAAUAAGAAGGGAACUUAAAAAUUAUGGAAUGGUUGUAAUUGGCAAUUCAUUCUGUCAGUGUACAACUCGAGCAAUAACCUUUUUGUGUGUCACAACAUUCUGUUUGCCGUUCGGUUUAUCACGGAUGGAGAAAUGCUGAAAGAUGAGACUGUGGUUUGUAACUCGCGGUGCACCAAUAAUGUUUUGACUUGCUGAUGUUCCAUCAUGUUAAAUGAGCAGAUCAGGACACAAUGCACAAUGUUGUGUUCUUUUGCUGCUUUGACUGAUUGUUAUCAUGAGUUUUAGGGGUCCCAGUAAGCUAGUGAUCCAAUGUGACAUGUAAAGCACCCACAAUGUUAUUAAUGUUCUUGUCCUGCAUUAUUGGUGCAUCCCUUGUGAAAAUAUAUGUAUUUAUGUUCAAUUGUAACACUUCAGAUUACACACAGAACAUCAUAAUAUUUUUAUUGUUACACACUCAAAAUUAAAAUUACCGUUUUUCUUUAAAACAUUUUUUUCAUGUGCCAGUGUUUUCGGAAGUGGGUUUUAUGAUUCAGAUUUUCAGCCUUAACAUAAAAAGAAGAUCAAACCUCAAACUGUGUUCUAUGUUCACAAUGUGAAGCUCCAUUGAUUACAGUGGAGAGCCAAUAUUCAGCAGUCAUUCUGCUCUGUAGCAACUUCUGACACACCGGAGAAAUAAGAAAUCCCUCUUGAAAUAAAUGCAUAUUUAAAAUACCAUAA